UUUGGCCACAGACAGACGCUUCUCAUGCUGCGUGUGGAUUUAUCUUCCCCGAGAGAACAAUCUGUGACACUUGGGACUCUCAGUCUUCUGCAAACAUGGUCGAUGCAUUCUGCGCUACAUGGAAACUGGUGGACAGUCACAACUUUGAUGACUACAUGAAGGCUCUGGGUGUUGGUUUUACCACAAGACAGGUGGGCAACGUCACCAAACCCACAGUGGUGAUCGGCCAGGACGGAGACAAAGUGGUGGUGAAGACACUGAGCACCUUCAGAAACACUGAGAUCUCCUCCAAACUGGGAGAGGAGUUCGACGAGACCACGCCUGAUGACCGACACGUCAAAUCGACCUUCACCAUGGAGGGAGACAAGUUUGUGCAGGUGCAGAAGUGGGACGGGAAAGAGACUAAAUUUGUGAGAGAACUCAAGGACGGGAAGAUGGUGAUGACUUUGACCUUUGAGGGAGUUCAGGCCGUCCGCACGUAUGAAAAAGCCUAAACUUUACCGGCCGACGAUCGACAAGGUGUUCUAUAAUAAUUGUUGUAUGUUCUGAUAUGCAUUUCAGUCUUUUGUAAGAACCUUUUUCUAAGAAGUGUAAGACUGUGAAGGGCCUCAUUGUUUCAAUAAACUGCCUGAAUGAUUCGC